AUGAGCUGCUCUGACACAAACACAUCCCUCGGUGGCAGCUACUGCUCAACCACCCGCGGCAGCGGCUCCAGCACCAAUUUUGGCAACAGUAGCUCAUCUCAGGGCGUCGUCACGGUCUCUCCUGGUGUCGGAAGUGGUGGGAACACAACUUGUGAGCGUGAGUUGUUCAUUGAGUUGUUCGUGGUCGAGGCAGUUGAGACUAGAGGUGCGCAUCUGGACACUAGGUGUGUUGAAAGCUUCAGUGCUGGCAAAUCUCCCGUCACCAGACCGGAGAGCACAUGCACCCAGACUUCGCGUGACAAUAAGGGCUCCCUGUUUCGUGCCUCACACAGCUCCACCGUGAUUCACCCUGAGCCGCAACUCAUGCGUGAACAACUGGACACUUGUCGAGUCUACUUCUCCUGCUGCGGUACCCGCUCCUCUUCCUCCGGCUCUGGCUCCGGGACGGGUUCAACUUCCAAUACCGGCUCCGGCUCUGGAACCAGCUCUGGAACCGGUGGUAACACUGGCGGCACAACCGGUACUACCGGCGGUGGUUACGGCUCCAGUAGCUCGACAACCACGGUCCAGCACCCUUCCCCGUCUACUACUGCGGUAUCUUCCGGCACGGACAGGUCAUAG